UAACGGCCCCAAUUCCACCACCCGACCCGAACUGCUCUCGCUCACUUCACUGCAGUUGUGCUUUCUUCAACGGAUAAGGAAAGCCAAUCCCAUCAGAGCUCAGCUCAUCCCAUCUCUCGCCAUCGCCGAUGGCGUUCUCGUCGCCGACGGCAGCAGCUCCUUGCCAUCAUCAUCAUCCCUGUACCACUUCGACGUCCCUCUCCCGCCUCCGCUCCUCCCUCCUCCCUCCCUUCGCCCUCCGGUUGCCUCCCCUGCUCUCCCACUCGAGGCAGCUGAGGCCAGGAGCUUGCACACGCUUCCGCAUUCGCAAGGUCCGCAGCUCGGCGGCUUUGGAUUCCGGGAACGGCGCCGUGCUCACUGCUGAGGAGAAGCAGCUUGACGAGAUCACCCCCUACGGGAGGCAGUACUUCCCGCUGGCUGCCGUUGUUGGACAGGAUGCUAUUAAAACUGCUCUGUUGCUUGGGGCGAUUGACCGUGAGAUCAGAGGGAUUGCUAUCUCUGGCAAAAGGGGCACGGCCAAGACAGUGAUGGCUCGCGGAUUGCACGCAAUAUUGCCACCCAUCGAAGAGGUUGUCGGUUCGAUGUCCAAUGCAGAUCCAUCCUGCCCGGAAGAGUGGGAGGAUGGACUUGUCGAAAGACUGCAGUAUGAUUCUGCUGGUAACAUUAAGACGCAGAUCAUCAGAUCUCCCUUUGUUCAGAUUCCACUUGGGGUCACUGAGGACAGGCUCCUUGGCUCUGUUGAUGUUGAGGAAUCAGUCAAGACAGGCACAACUGUUUUCCAGCCUGGCCUUCUCGCUGAAGCUCAUAGAGGAGUUCUUUACGUUGAUGAAAUCAAUCUUUUAGAUGAGGGUAUCAGCAGUUUGCUUCUUAAUGUGUUAACUGAAGGAGUAAAUACUGUUGAGCGAGAGGGAAUCAGCUUUAAACAUCCGUGCAAGCCACUUCUGAUUGCUACUUAUAACCCAGAAGAAGGGGCUGUCCGUGAACACCUUCUAGAUCGUAUUGCAAUUAAUUUGAGCGCAGAUCUUCCUAUGAGUUUUGAAGAUCGUGUUGCUGCUGUUGAAAUUGCUAUCAAAUUUCAGGAGCGCACUGACAAUGUGUUUAAAAUGGUUGAGGAGGAUACAGACUAUGCAAAGACUCAGAUUAUUUUGGCCCGAGAAUAUUUGAAGGAUGUCACCAUCAGCAGAGAUCAACUGAAGUACCUGGUCAUGGAAGCCCUUCGAGGUGGUUGCCAGGGACACAGAGCUGAGCUAUAUGCAGCUCGAGUUGCAAAAUGCUUGGCUGCUAUAGAAGGUCGUGAAAAGGUCAAUGUAGAUGACCUGAAAAAAGCAGUGGAACUAGUGAUUCUUCCUCGUUCAAUCCUAGUAGAGAAACCACCAGAAGAGCAGAACCAACAACCUCCACCUCCACCCCCUCCACAAAAUCAAGAUUCUGGGGAGGAGCAAAAUGAGGAGGAAGAUCAAGAGGAUGACAAAGAUGAAGAGAAUGAACAGCAGCAAGAACAAAUACCUGAGGAAUUCAUCUUUGAUGCUGAAGGGGGUCUGGUGGACGAGAAGCUUCUAUUCUUCGCGCAGCAAGCACAGAGACGCCGAGGGAAGGCUGGAAGAGCAAAGAAUGUUAUCUUCUCUGAGGACAGAGGUCGUUAUAUAAAGCCCAUGCUUCCGAAGGGUCCUGUGAAGAGGCUUGCUGUUGAUGCAACCUUAAGAGCAGCUGCCCCGUAUCAGAAGUUACGUAGGGAGAAGGAUGUGCAGAAAAGCAGGAAAGUAUUUGUGGAGAAAGCUGAUAUGAGGGCAAAGCGUAUGGCUAGAAAAGCCGGAGCAUUGGUAAUAUUCGUGGUUGAUGCAAGUGGGAGCAUGGCCUUGAACCGAAUGCAAAAUGCAAAAGGUGCUGCACUUAAAUUGCUGGCAGAGAGCUACACAAGCAGGGAUCAGGUUUCUAUCAUUCCUUUCCGUGGUGAUGCCGCUGAAGUCCUACUUCCUCCUUCAAGGUCGAUCGCAAUGGCAAGAAAACGUCUAGAGAGACUCCCUUGUGGUGGAGGUUCACCCUUAGCUCAUGGUCUUACCACGGCUGUCAGGGUUGGCUUGAAUGCAGAGAAGAGUGGUGAUGUCGGGCGUGUGAUGAUUGUCGUAUUAACUGAUGGUAGAGCAAAUAUAUCAUUGAAGAGAUCAACUGAUCCUGAGGCUGCUGCCAAUGAUGCUCCAAGGCCUUCUGCACAAGAGUUGAAGGAUGAAAUUCUCGAAGUGGCUGGAAAAAUAUACAAAUCCAGAAUGUCACUCCUCAUUAUAGACACCGAGAACAAAUUUGUCUCGACUGGUUUUGCCAAGGAGAUAGCCAGAGUUGCUCAAGGAAAAUACUAUUAUCUGCCAAAUGCUUCCGAUGCCGUUAUCUCAGCCACCACAAAAGAAGCUCUGUCCGCUUUGAAAAGUUCCUAAAUCCGGAGGGGUGGGUUUUGUAUUAAAUGAGACGGAUCCAAGCUGUGAUAUCCUGUAAUUUCGGUGUAUAAGCAUUUUUUUCCUACGCCAAUUAUUUUGUCUCUUCAAGUUAUAUGAGUUUAUACGGUAAUGUCAGCCUAGCCUUCUUGA